UGGUUUAUCUUUGAGCACAGACAAUAGUAGUGUAAUGCCGUUGUGAUGGGGAAGUGUCAGUUCUUAGAAUAUUUAUGAUGUCUGUUUAAAAAUACAAAUUUAAUGUAACUUGAACUCCCACGAUUUUACGUAAUCAUGGACAUUGAUAUCGUUUUCAUCUCUGCAACAAUUAAAGCCGAACAUCGUAACUUAUCGUUAACCCCACCAACAUAACACUCGCUUCUGUAGCAUUGUUUUUCUCCCGUGGCUUGAAAGUGCACACAGAGUGAAUCGCAGGUCUGCAAACUGAAGAAAGGUAAUGAAAUCUGGAUCAAUGUCGCUUGAACAACGAUGUUCGCUCCUGCUUACACGGGAAGAAAAUGCUCAGGUACACAGGAUGCUGGGAAACAGGUGCAUGGCAUUGGCAUCUGCCGUCAUCCAGUUGUUUGUGUCAGAUCCACCAGAUCAUUCGUCUUGGAGAAAAUAUGAUGCUGGCGUCUUGUGCCUUGUGAAAGACAACUCACGGAAGUCCUACUUCUUUAGAUUAUAUUGCUUAACAAGAAAGCAGAUGGUGUGGGAGCAUGAAGUUUAUAAGGGGUUUGACUACAAGACGCUGAGACCAUUUUUGCAUUCUUUUGAAGGCGAGGAUUGUAUGGUUGGGUUCAACUUUGCUAAUGAGGAAGAGGCUUCUUUGGUAAAGACUGUAUUAUUUGAAAAACUUGAAGCAAGGAAGCAACAUAAAGCAAGGCGUUCUCAUACCUCUCCGCAGUCUCGACAGGUUAAUGUGCACCAGACAGGGCCACUAUUGCCUGGAGAUAAUCUUCAUAUGGCCAAUGGAGUCAUCCCAUCUCGACAGAUGCACAUUCCCACUGGCUCUGGCAAAAGGAAGGAAAAGGAUCCAAAAAGACGUAUAACAAAGGCUGAUAUAAGUGGUCCAAAGGAUUUCCGUCAUGUGACUCAUGUGGGAUGGGAUCCAAAUAAAGGAUUUGAUUUGGAUAAUGUUGAUGAUCCUCAACUGAAACAAUUUUUUGUUAAGGCUGGUGUGUCAAAUAGGCAGCUGCAGGACCGUGAAACAAGAGAGUUCAUCUAUGACUUCAUCAGUCGCCAUGGUGGCAUGGAUGCAGUUAAAGAGGAGUUAGUGACACCACCCGCAGCAAUACCCACACCACCACCAGCAGCUGUGCCACCACCUGUUCCUGCACGAACACCAGUAGCUCCAGUACAACCUCAAGUACGAUCUGCGCCACCACCGCCCCCAUCACGAUCGACACCAUUGCCACCUCCACCUCCACCACAACAGUCAAGAGGAGUUACACCAGCACCUGUACGGACAACAGAGGCAGCGUCACCAUGUCCCCCACAGGCACCUCCAGCCCCGCCUCCACCUCCACCACCCCCAAUGUUUGAGUCAGCACCAUUGCCACCACCAGUACCAACUGUGCCAGCACCCCCUGUUUCAACUGGAUCAGAUCAACGAGCAGCUCUUAUGGAUGCAAUCCGCUCAGGAAAGACACUUAAGCAUGUGGAAGUUGAGCAGAAGAAAUCGUCAGGAGGCAGAGGAGAUUCACGUGGUGAUCUGCUUGACCAAAUAAGACAAGGCGUUGAGCUAAAAUCUGUACAGCCAAACCAACGUCCACAAGUUGAGGAGACACAGAAUAGCUUAGCUGGUGCAUUGGCUCGAGCUCUAGCAGAAAGGGCUCGUGUAAUUCAUUCAGAAAGUAGUGGAUCAAGCGGGGAUGAUGAUGAUGACGAUGAUGAUGGGGAUGAUGAAUGGGAAGACUGAAAAACCUGAUAACGCCUGUUUGUUUAUUCAGAAGUUGUUUUCUAUUUAUGAGCUUACAAGUGCUAAAUUACAAACAUGAAUAUCAUUGCUUAAAGCUCACCCUCCCACCACUUACACCAACUAAUUGUUAAUCAUCGCAAUGAGCUGUUAAAUAUAUUCUGAAGAUGAAUUAUGCUCAGAAAUUGCUGAUUCAUGUAGUGGAUCGUAAAUUUGGAAUGGUUGAGUACAUAAGUUUUCUGCAGUCAGGUUCCUUGGGUUGUGCCUUAAGUUCACUCUGAACUGGAAAUUCAUUGGUUAAUGCCUGUUUCUUUUCAUGAAAUGAGAAAAAUUCCAUUGCCCUUGUGUGUAAGUACUGAAACUGCUAGUUAGCUGUUACAAAGUAAAGUGGGAGAGUAACAGAACUGCAGUAGAAAAAGUACUAAUGUUAGGCAUCAUAAUGUUUUCCCUUUAUGUUGUUCAGGAAAAGAUUAGAGAAGCACAUCCCUUUUUGUGUGUGGAAAUUUUUGUUUGUCAUGCAUUGAUGAUAUUUUAAUGACCAUUGUAAUGUUCAAUGUGGAAUGGGAUGUGCUGUGCAUUGCUGUGAUUAAAAGACAUGUCAAAACUGUUAGUUACUGUUGCUGUUUGUUUUCAGGGUUUACAUGUAUCUUCGCAUUCUAAAAGUUUUAGUUUUAGUCUCACUAGUAACUUUAAAUUUAAUCAUUCUAAUUUAAAAAAAAAUGAAUUUGUAAAAUGUAUAGAUAUGGUGUCUAAAAGAAAUGGUUUCCUACACUACAGAAAUUUAUUGAAAUUAAGGAAUUUCUUUAAAUUGGUUAUGAGAGGUAUUACCACUAAUGUUUAUUUAAGUGCUUUUUUUGUGAAGUGUGAAUGUAUAAUUCCUGAAUUGCGGGUUUUGUCACAUGGCAGUCAUAAACACCAAAUAAAAUAUAGUUAUAGUGCAGAGCAACAGUAUAUCUCCUGUGUGUUAAAUGCUAUUUUUGAAUGUGUUAUAUAUCUUGUUAUAUAUCUCAUUGAUUCAUAAGUGUGUGUGUGUGUGUGUGUGUGUGUGAGAGAGAGAGAGAGAGAGAGAGAGAGAGAGAGAGAGAGAGGAGGAGGAGAAGAAGGAAAAAAAAAGUGUGAGUGAGUUUCAGAGUGGGAGGAAGGAGGAGCUGGAGAUAUACAAUUGUCACUAAUGGGCAUUGAUAAUUAUAAAAAUUUGAGAAUCUAAUUAGUUAGAAUUUUAUUCACAUUAAAAAAAACUUGAGUUUGGUAGUUAACAUUCAUGAAACCCAUUGAAUACAUUUUAAUAUCUCUCUCUCUCUCUCUCUCUCUCUCUCUCUCUCUCUCUCUCUCUCUCUCUCUCAUCCAGCCAUCCAUCCAUCCAUCUUAUUCUUCUUGUACCUGUUGUGACAGUAGUAUGUACAUUGGUAUUAUCUUUUUUGUUUUCAAUGUAAAUAUGGAGCUGAAUUUGUCAAUGUUUGUAAGUAAUAAAUGUUUCCCAUCUACCACAUGUUUAAGUUCUUAAAACCAAGAAAUCUGAGCAACAACAUAAUUUUUGUUCUGCUGAUUAGAUUAGAAAUACUCUUUGUUUUUUUACAUUUAUGGUGAGGAGAGUCACCAAGAUGUGGAACAUGUGAAAAAAACAAGAAUACAAAGUGCAAGUUUCUCUAUCACUUAAAGCUUGUGUACAAUCUAUCACACAUUUAUCAUGUGGGAAAAAGUGUUGUUUCCCUUGCUUUUGUCUGCAAACAUCAAAAUUUGUUUGUACUGUAAACUGUAAAAUGUGAUUAAGAAAAUCAUUGCCUUUAUGACAAUUUAGACAUAGCACAGUGAGAAAUACACUUCAGAAUUUUUAUUGUAAUGUGGCAGUAUGUACAAAAGAUUUAACUGAAAAAUUUGCAUAAAUACAAAACCAAGACUAGAAAUACUAUGGUAACAUUUUCAAGCUAAAGGCCUUGAGUGACGUUAGUUGACAUUGAAAUAAAAUCCACUUCCUUUCUUUCCAAGACUUCAUGUUAUAUUUUAAUGAGCUUCAAGAUUUUUCUAUUGCUUUCUGGCAGCAUAUCUAGUAUACAGUGUGUGAAUGUAUUUAUUUUUUGCUUCAUAUAUCAAAUUGUUAGAUUUCCUCCAUCAGAACAGAAUGUUAAUGUGUUGGUAACACUAAUUGUACAUAUUAUUGUGAAACAGAUGUCUGUGAUAAUAUGUGUAUUAAAUGUGCAUAUAUGUUGUUAUAUACUCUGUUUGGCACAUGACCACUAAUCAUUUAAUUUCUUUAUUCCUUGCUGUUUUGGUACAUUUGUGCCCUUACAUAAAGUUUAUGUUAAUACCCAUAUUGAAGGACUAAGGAAACUUCAUCUGUUGAUGCAGGUUGGGCUGAGGUAUAUAUAUGGGGAUAAUUUUGAUUUUGGGCAGUUUCCAGCAUAAUGACUAUUCUAUGAGGUUUCAGGCUUGCAGCCAAAUGACAUUGACAUUUUACCGUGAUGAUCAUGAUGUAAAAACUCACCUGAAAAUGGCUGAAUGGUUGUCAGCCAAAAUAUUGUGGCAAGAUGCGGAUGUCAUCAAGUGUGAAACCUCAUUUAAUAUGCACUUAAUUAUUUACAAAGGACUGAAUAUUUUUGUAAGUUAAAUUUCAUUAUUUAACUUUGGUGUCUCAUAUUGCUGUUUUAUAAGUGAUGUCAGAUGUUCAUAAAACUCUGUUUCUUCCCUUGCAUUUCACAGAUUAAUAUUUCAGUUAUAAAAAUACUUUUAGUCAGUCCUAAGGCUGCUUCAAAUAAUGAAAUCUGUGAUUGAAGCAGGAAGUCAUAUGUUGUGAUUCAAAAAGUAAGCUUUUAGUAAGACAAAUCACUUUAAUUGGCAGAUAACAUAAUGUAGCAAUUAGUGGAUUUUUUAAAACUCUGUGUUAUUGAAAUCUGAAAUGUUUAUUAUUAUUAUUUGUGAAUGGAAUUUUAUUUCCUGUCCUGUACAGAUGAAGCAGCAGUUCAGCUGUGAAAGUCAUCAUGUGUAAAGUAGAAAUGAUUAGUCAGAGUUGCAAUAAGAGAAGACAAAGCCUGCUGUCAUAGACUUUUUAAUACGUUUCUAAGAUCCUUGUGUUGAUUGUUGUUAAAAGCAGUUAAUUUGCUAAUAAACACAGAUCUCUUCAAACAUACACAUUCUCUUAUGCAAAGUAACCAUGAAAGUUUUAACUACUGCCAUGUUACAAAAUAGUUAAUUUUUAAUAACUAUUUUAAACUAUUUUAAAUCUUUGGUAAGUUUACAGAGAAAUAUCAUAAGACUGAUUCCAUUAUUUAUUACGCUGUUUAAGACUUGUAGAACACUUAGAUCAACUAAUGCCUAAAUUACUUCAUAGCUAUAUUGCAUAUCUCUCCUCAGCAACGAAUGGGAUCUACACCUCAUAUUUGAUACUUAAUUCAAGAAUCUUCUACAAUAUCCACAUGACCUGGUUGUCUUUGUAAUAUUCAUUCGACCACCUCAUGAGAUGAUGGUGAUGGUGAUGGAAAAAUCCUUGCACCUAGCAAUAAGUAAACUUGUUGUUAAUAUUAAACAGUGAUUACAGAAUUGAUCUAUUUUCUAAUAAGUAGUUUUACGUGGAAUUUAAGUGGUCUUUUUCUGUAUUUUAUUUAUUAUUAUUAUUAUUAUUACUAUUAUUAUUAUUAUAUUUUUCUCUGAAAACAUGCAGUGCAGUUCGUAUUUCAUGUCAGAUAUGAUCGCAGUACCUACUUACGUGUUUACACAAAACAGAAAAUUUUAUAAUAAAAUUAUGACUACCUUGCUGAAGGAAAUGAUUAAAUAGUUCUUGCUACAUAUUGUCUGUAGUCAUGUAAGGAGUUUUCAGUGGAAUAAGAAAGAUAACUAAAUUAACCAGUGACAAUUUUGUUGAUACUUUCGUGGCAGCAUAUCGAUAAUUAACAAAGUGUGAAGUUGAUGGGUUUGUAGAAAAGAAGACAUUUUCUGAAAGUGAAGGAUGAUGUCAGUGACUUCCAUUUCUCAUUGUUUCAAUGAUGAUUCUAAAGAAUUGUUCAUGGCAAAAACAAAAUUUCUUGUUGAAGCAGAACAGUGUGUAAUAUCUACUGCUCCUACAUUUGUUUAAAAAUGUUUAUCAUGUCUUACAUAAAAUUAGUUUGCAUCAUUGUUUUUUUCCCCCUUCUGUGUGUGUGUGUGUGUGUGUGUGUGUGUGUGUGUGUGUGUGUGUGUGUAAAGGAGGGGGAGGGGGUGUUAAAAGUUGUCAGUUAGAAGACAAAUUGGUAAUCAGAAAUGAGAUACAAGAAAUUAAAUUUAAGUUUUGCAAACUGGUGUUGCUAAUGUGUUUCUCUUUAAUUUCCUGUUCUAUGUAUUGUUUAAUAAUUGUAUUCCAUGUACUACAUGUGACAUGAGUUAGUGCAAUAAUCUGGAACAUAAAAAGACAGUAAGUACAGUGGGACCUACCUAACCUUUAUAGGCAUCAACACUGUUUUAAAAUGGUUUAAUUAAUUUUAAUUUUUAAAGCAUGUAAAGAAUUGUGUACACAAGCUUAUAUUUUACAGAAAACACGCAAGCCAUUAUAUUAUUGUACUAUUCUUGUGUUGAUUUUUCUGUACAAUGAUAGGUCUUAAAAUGCGCAAGAUUUGGUUGCGAGUUGUAAGUUUCUCUGUGACUGAUUGAGAAUUGAAGCAGGUGCCCCUAAUAAAUUUCACGGAAGUCCACAUUUAUGUAAAAAAGUUAAACAAACAACAUGUGAUAAUUUGUACAAAUGAAGUAGUGUUAUACACUUACAAGUACAUCUAGACAUGACUAAAUUACUUCUAAUACUUUUGAGAGUAUAAAAAUUGGAAGUUAAUAUGCAUUGAUUUUGUGUUAUUAUAAGUACUUUAAUGAUAAUUUUUUUCUUAUUUAGAAGUUUUUCCAAAUUACUUUUCGAAGUUUCAUUUUAUUUUUUGUGUGAUUGCCUGGUAAUCUAAAAUAAUGAUGUUAAAUUUUUACUUGUUCAGGUUUAUUGUGUGAAAUGUUUACAGCUCUGUAUACUCAAUGUGAAGUAAUUGUGUUUGAGUUAUUGGUUUGCUAUACUUUGUUCAUGAUAAAUUUCUUACUAAUUUAUUAAUUAUUUCUGUACUCUAAAAUUUAAUUAUGAAUGCUAAUUAAAUUUUUGUUGUUAAUUGUUUAAAA